UGGCAGAAAAAGUCUUCCAGAUCCCCAGACACAAUGGACAAAAAGCUGACAUCAUGAAUCAAAAGACUGAGAAACCUGUAGGAGUACUCUUCAACCUUCCAGGACACUCAAUGGGGGACCUCAAAGUAGCAGUUUUAUUGCACAGUUACUGUGAGUGCAUAGCAACUAUUUUGUGUUCUGCCCUAUCUCAGAAAAAUCUGGACUGGGCAUUACAGGCAGUGGCUAGGUGGCUUAGGCUGAGCGGGCUGAAGCUGAAUCUAGCGAAGACAGAGGUCUUUUGCUUGGGUCGUUGUGGCCCGGGAAGGGAAAUCCCCCUGCCAGUUUUUGACGGCGCGCCGUUGAUAGCGGCGAGCAGGGUCAAAAGUUUGGGGGUACUAUUGGAGCCUUCACUGACAAUGGAGGCUCAGAUAGCAGCCACUGCCAAGUCCGCAUUCUUUCAUCUUAGGCGGGCGAAGCAGCUGGCCCCCUUCCUGGAACGCGACGACCUAGCAACAGUGAUUCAUGCUACGGUCACCUCGAGGUUGGACUACUGUAAUGCCCUCUACAUGGGGCUACCCUUGUGUCGGACCCAGAAAUUGCAGUCGGUGCAGAAUGCCGCUGCCCGGCUGCUAUUAGGGCUCCCAAGAUGGGAGCACAUUCGGUCGGGGCUUCGGGAUCUGCACUGGCUGCCAAUAACAUUCCGAGUCCAGUACAAGGUGUUGGUCAUUACCUUUAAAGCCCUAUAUGGCCUAGGACCUGCCUACCUUAGGGACCGUCUCUCCCCACACGUUCCCCAGAGAGUACUACGAUCGGGUUCACAAAACCUGUUAGUAAUCCCCGGGCCAAAGGAGGCCCGCCUGAAAUCCACCAGGGAUCAGGCCUUCUCGGUAACGGCGCCUUACUGUUGGAACCAGCUGCCGGAAGAGGUGCGGGCCCUGCGGGACCUAGGGCAGUGCCGCAGGGCCUGUAAGACAGCCCUCUUCCGGCAGGCCUAUAACAACUAACUGACAAUGAUAAUAUCUUCUGGAUGGAACUAAAAAUGCAUUUAUGGACCGCUGCUUUUUAUUCUUAUUUUUAUGUCUUAUUAAUUAUGGUUUUAACUUUGUUAUGUAAAUGUUUUUAAACUGAAUUUAUGUGAAUUAAAAUGUUGUAAGCCGCCCUGAGCCACUUUGGUGGGAAGGGCGGGAUAUAAGUCUAAAUAUAAAUAUAAAUAUAAAUAAAUAAAUAAAUAAAUAAA